UCAGAUAUAGAGCCUAUGUCUUCAGUCACUAUACAUGGUGAAAAUAACGCAUCGGAUUCGGAAGAGAAUAAUACGACAGAUUUUUCAUCUUUUGAAACUGUAUCAAGAGGACAAUUUGAUUUAUCAAGAUUAUUUAAAUUCUCCUUGAUCACAUAUGACGAUUCAGAAUUUUGUGUCGUAAAUUCCAAAUCUAUAACACAAAUCCAAGGAGAUACGUGUGUGGUGAAAUGUAAAGGCGGAAAAUAUGCAGCUAAAUUAAUUUCGACUAGCGAUACUUCUUGCGGAAAAACAAAAAAAUGCCGGUGGACAAUCGAUGAGCAAGAAGCUUUGACUGCUGAAUUUGGGGAUAUUUCUUCAAUGGAAAAGUUGCCAUCUCUCAAGGAGUGCAUGAGGGUCGUGUCUGAAAAUGAAGUGCUACGCUGCAGAACCCCAGCACAAGUAAAAACGUUUAUAGACAACAAACAGAAAAAAGGCAAAAAAAUUAAGCAAUCUCUUCAACAAUAAUUUUCCAAAACCCUUUUCGGGUAGUUAUUUUACAAUGCAAUCUUGUUAAAUUAAUAUAUGCACAAUGUGCACUAAAUCUUGUAUUAAUUUCAUAUUGUAGAUACAAAACAUU